GCGCCCGUUAUUGUACUAACCGCGCACAUACGAAAUUGCGUGAAAGUUUUUGCUACACACGCCAGAGGUUGCGCGAAAGGGGGUGGUGGCUGCUGCACACCAACACACACACACACGCGCGCGCCAAGCAGAGGGAACGCGGAUUCCCAUUUCCGAGAUACUCCGCGAGAUACGUUUGUUUGCCAGCCAGUAGGACGGCCACGGCAACGUACACACAUACACCCGGUGGUUAAAAAUAAAUCCGGCCGCUCUGUGUGCCGCGUUUCUGUUGGCGGUGCGUAGCACGCAAGCAUAUUUUCCCAGCACAACAGUGUGUGGCAGCUCUGUCUCUGAAUGGUGUUAGCGCUUGUUCGGGCCGUGUCACACAGAACAAGGACGGUGCUGCUGCGUGCAUUUGUUUUGUUGAUUGCAUUUACCACACCACCGUAAUAGCUGCGGCAGUUUCCAGUACAGCAGGCACGGAUUACAGACCGGGGGUGGGAAACCAUGACAACCUACUCAACCGACAGCCAAGGAAAAUUCAUUCCGGCUACCCAGCGCCCGGACGGAACAUGGCGCAAACCGCGCCGCGUACGCGACGGAUACGUACCGCAGGAGGAGGUGCCACUGUACGAAAGCAAAGGCAAACAGUUCGCCCAAAAGCCAGCCCUACCGCCCGGCCUGUCUCCGGAGGUGGUACAGAAGGCGAAGGAAAAGCGCGAACGCGACCGGUUACGGCAGCUGCGCGAGGAGCAACAGCGGAAGGAACAGCAGCAGAACAAAAAGCUACCGCCCGGGGUGCUACCGGUCGAUGGGGCUGGCGGGGCCGGUGGUAACAGUGACAAACAGAGGCUACCACCCGGCACGGGAAAGAAUGUGAACGCUGCCCUACGCAGUAAAAAGACACCGGAGCUGCCCGACAUACUGCUGGAACAACAGCGACCUGCGGUCAAAACUAAGCCAGCCCACCAACAGCAGCAGCCAUCAAAAUCGUCACAACAAAAGCCCGCCGCUGCUUGCACUAGUGAUGCCACCGUGGAGGAGCUUGCCAGUGCUUUAGCGUCCGGUGCACAGCUAAAGCAACAAACGCCAGCAACAACAGCAGCAGCAGCAGGCACGUCGUUGGAUGGAGCUGACGGGCAGCAGCUCGAGGUGGCGAAAAAGCUACGCAAGCUCCGGAAGAAGAUACGCGAGAUCGAGGCAAUCGAAACGAAGCUACGUGCCACCGACGGGCCCAAGCUGGACAAGGAUCAGCUGGAAAAGGUGAAACGGAAACCGGACAUACUGCAGGAGAUUGAGGAGCUUGAAGUGCAAUAUUCAGCCGGUGCCAUGUGAUGAUGAUGAUGGUGAUGAGCGUUGAACGAACCCCGCGACGCGUGGAACCCGGCGGAUAGGAUAGUUUUUAGGGCCAUUCCCUACUUCGGUGCAUUUAAGUUUUGCAAAGGAUCCGAAGAAGAAGGAACACUUCACAAAAGUACGCAAGUAGGUUUCUUCGAUGUACAAAAAUCCGCUGGACUUGUUCAUCAGAGAGAUUGGCGGUGAACCCGGCGUUGCCGAUCCGGUGGUAGUGGAUGUAAUGAGGAUAGAACUUAACUUACCUUGUGCAGUAGGCAACAGCGUGCUGGAUGUGAAUCACCCAUACUUGCCACCGGAAUAAUUUAACGUAAUUCAUGCUGUUUGUUUGGUUAGCUCGCGGUUAGCUAUUGUACAUCUUCAUAGGCUUAACUAUCAACGUCCUCAGGUCGUGUUGGUAUCUCGACUCGUAUGCUCUUACUGCCGGGAUGAUCUUGCGUUUACGUUUCUUCCGGUUGGAACACUAUCUCUACCGCUGUAACACACGGCCUACUACUGCUACUAGCAAUCGUACUGUCGAUGCCUACUUAAAUGAUCUUUCUUUUACUACGAGCAACCGAAGCACCGUCCCCGUGAUCAUAUUUUCGAAGGUUCUUUAGCGUGUUUUUUUUUUCGUUGCUCCAACUUCACAGUCCUACCAUCGUGCGCGGACUGAACUGUAGCAGUGACGACUCCCCUACGUGUAAGCAGUUCUCGUGUAGGCUUAAGAUUUAAAACUAGUGCUAGUGGGUAAGUUUUAACGUAAAUUGUUAAAUGAUAUAAAAAAACGGUAGAUACGAUGGAGUAGAGGCAGGAAAACAACUACGUACGGUUGAGUUAAAACACGAAAAGUCAAUAAACGUUUUAAGGACCAA